AUGACAUUACAGCUUCGGCGACAACCAGCCGAGAAGCCUUCGCCUUCUCCAGGGACCCAAAGAUUUCCAUUUCGAAGAUGGCUGAGCAAGAUCGAAAAGAAGCGGAACAUCCCAUGCAAUGCCGUGUAUGCAUUGUCUUUCUGGUUCGCCUUACUCUGCCUGAUCAAUAUUGGCUCAACGACGGCUUUAUACAUCAUCUUCUCAGGGACGUUACUGGCUUUGACGAGCACCUACAUGCUCUCGAGCGGCUGUGUCGCCCUUCAUAGGAUCCCGGACGAGCCAUCGCCUCCGCCACGAUGGAACCUUGGUCGCUAUGGAUUUGUGAUCAACGUCUUCGCCUUGUUCUACGCCAGCUGCGCAGUGGUACUCUCCUGCUUUCCAUCCACUCUACCAGUUGAUAUAAGCAUGGCGAACUAG